AAGAAUCAAGCAAGCAAGCUCGCUCGUUCGAACCGAUUCCAUUGAAAGCACAAGCCCUUCGUAUAAAUAGCCGGCAAGAAAAGCUCUUAUUCCAAACGCUAACAAAAAAAACUGCUUUUCUAGAGAGAGAAACGAGAACACAAGAAAGACGGUGAAGAACUAGAGAGGGAAGGGUGAGCAUUAAUGGCGGCAGAGAAGCAAGUGAUGGUGAUCGGGGUGGACGAGAGCGAGCAGAGCCAGUACGCUCUGGAAUGGACUUUGGACCACUUCUUCAAGCCCUUCGGCGGCGACAAAGCUCCCUUCAAGCUCAUCAUUGUCCACGCAAAGGUCCAGGUUUCCGCCGCCGUCAGCUUCGCCGGCCCCGGAGCGGCGGAGAUUCUGCCGAUCGUGGAAGCUGAUUUGAAGAAGACUGCUGCCCACGUAACUGAGAAGGCCAAGGAAUUUUGCGCCUCUAAAUCGGUGACCGAUGUGGUUGUGGAGGUUGUGGAAGGAGAUGCUAGGAACGUUCUGUGUGAUGCUGUUGAAAAACACCACGCAUCCAUCUUGGUUGUGGGAAGUCAUGGCUAUGGAGCCAUCAAAAGGGCGGUUCUGGGAAGCGUCAGCGACUACUGCGCCCAUCACGCUCACAGCACCGUGAUGAUCGUGAAGAAGCCUAAAACCAAGCACUAAGCCUCCUUUGGGUAUUCAAUUAAGCAAGACAGAAAAUCCAUCGUGAAAAAUUACAAUACAUAUAUAAUAAAGGGAGAUUUUGAAGGCGGUGCUUACUCUUCAAUAUUUUUUAAUUGAAACCUUAUUGGUUUUCAAUGUUUGAUUAAAGUCCAUGAAUUAUGUACACCUCAGCAAAUUAGUGUUAAUGUAUUUUUUUAAUUUAAAAAUAUGUAAUUGCAGUUACCUACA